CUCUUAUUUUCUACAAUAUUACUUUUAUGGCUGAAAUUUCUCACUGCGUUUAUUGUUUUGAUGUUCUUAUUGAUUAUUUUAAUAAAAAUAAUGUUUCUGACCGGAAAUUAAUAAGAAAAGAUGACAAUGAUACUUCUCGUAUGCGAAUUAAUAGGUUAUUUUUGAAUAAUGAUAUUUUAUUUCCUUUGUUUGUAACCUGGAAUAUAAUAAGUCCUUCUGGACAUAAGAGUUUGCGAGGAUGUAUUGGUACAUUUAAGCCUCAGCCACUAAAGCAUGGAUUACGUUAUUAUGCUUUGACAUCAGCUUUAGAUGAUACUCGUUUUCCUCCUAUUUCAGAACAAGAAGUUUGUUUUCUUGAAUGCAGUGUAACUUUAUUAACUAAUUUUGAAACUAUUGAGGAUCCUUUGGACUGGAUUAUUGGUAUUCAUGGUCUUGAGAUAUCUUUUUUUCAUAAAAACAAGUAUAUGAGUGCGACGUAUCUUCCAUGCGUUGGUAUUUUUUUUUUAUAUUUUUAUUUAUUAAUGACAUUAUUUGCAGCUAAAGAGAGAAAUUGGAGCAAAGAAGAGACAUUAAAUAACCUUUUCAUAAAGGCUGUAAGAUAUCAAGGAUCAAAGGCUGAAUGUACCUAUGAUGAAUAUAUGAGGAUAGUAUCAUAAAUUUAUUAAAAGUUUGUUUUAUAUAUUGAUUAUAUUGAUUUGUUAAUAAUAUUUUUUUAAAUAUUAGAUUAUUAGAAAAUUGCUUUGUUAUCAUUAAUAAACAAUGUAAUAUUGAUAAUUCGGAUUUUUGUUUUACCUAUUAUAUUAAAAAUAUUUAUACAAUAUAAGAUAAUUUAAAUUCUGAUAAAAUAUAUAGAUUUUAGAAAUGUGC